AUGAACGCAUUUGCGACGGUGUCAAAUCUCGCGUGGUACGCAUUAGUGGCUACGAUUGCGUGGCUAGCGGCGAAUUUCGUCGCGUACCAACUCGUCGGGUUUUCGGUCGGGCUCAUCGACCCCUUCAGAUUGAGGAUUCGGUCUCUCUGUUUCCGCCGCAGAUUUUUCGUCAAAUACAUCUACUUUUCGCCGUGGAAUCGGUGCAUAGUGGUGCACGGACUACGGGUCUACGUGGACUUAAGGCCCAGGGGCGAAUCUCAGAGCAACCCUAACGCCGCUCCCAACAUACCGGUACCGAAAUGGCUCAGAAAGACGAUUUUGUCGGUCUUGAACCACAUACAGCACUUCAAUUUCAUUUUAGAAGACACCCAGGUCGGACCAAUCACAUCCGAAUACGUGACCAUCAAGGGCGUUUUCAAGGAUUCCAAGGCGCAUGUCGCACUUUCGGUACGAGAAGUGUCUGCGGACGCCAAAAAGAUCUGCACCAGUGGCGAGUUCGAGAUCGGAGGACAGUUCGACGAAGAUAACGCGAUUUCGUUGCAUAAAAUCCAUGUUGACUGCAAACUGAAAAACGUCAGGGCUUCCUGGGACCAAUUCGAAAAAAUUACCAGCAAUCCCACCAAGGGCAACAUUGUUCAAGGCCAAAAAGGUGAAAACAACGUGAAAUUUUCUCCUGACGAUUGCAUUAAAGAACUAGAGUCUCGACUCGCCAUAGCAUACCAUUAUGCAUCCAAAUACGAACGUUUCAGUUUUACUACGGACUUUCUUCAAGUGAAAGACGUUCCCUUUUCCCAGGUAUCAGAGGUCAAAAGCGCCACGGAUCUUCUCAAAUACGAGAUCAGUGUUUCUAAUUUCGCGUUUUUCAUCAAGAAACUCAAGCAGGGAUCCCCGGGUUAUAAGCUUCUUUUUUCGCCGGAAGAUAACCCUAUCGACUUGAAAUUGAGUGUAUCCGGUCUGACCUUUGGUUUGAAGCAGGAGCUCCCUGAAGAGAUCACGGAGACAAAAUUUUACAAAUUUUGUGAAAUACCCAGCAUUUCUCUCUACGGUGAUACCAACAUUUUAUCUACAAAGAGUGUCGCGGGACGUACAAGCUCGAACUCAAACACUGUUCUAAAGGUUGUUGGCCAUAUUUCAUCGCCUAUUUUGGACUUUGAAGUCUCAGAACUCUCUAUUAUAAAGUCUUUCCAACAAAAUGCUAAAGUCUUCUCUUCAUACCUUGCAUGGAAUAGGGAAGAUCACCGCGAUGACGUCAAUUGUAGCUCGAAAAGAAGUGUGGAAGGGAAAGAAGCAAUAUUUACAUACUUUCAGUUUCUGCUACCCCACUUAGAAUCCAAAAUCACUAUCGAAGAUCCCAUGAUUCUAAUAAGUGAUGGUCAUGAACUGCUCGUCCACCAAUGUUCACUCUUCACAGUGCGAACAAAAUCAGAGAAAUAUGCCCUGAGCGAUGAAAAUGAGAAGAGAAAAUUGUUCUAUACGUUAGAGAAUGUCGCAGAACUUCUGGAUUAUGGUUUCAAUUACCACGACAAGUCGUUGGAUUAUAAACACAAAAUCCUGUCCAUCGACAACCUAUCCUUUCAAUCCCUGGCACAGCUAAUCCCAUCCAUUAGAAUCGGUAUGACAACAACUAUUGAUUCUUUCAAACUUGAUCUGUCAGAGCUGGCUACAUUAAUGGCCUUAAACAAAAUAACCCGAAAAAUCGACUCUAAGAUGAUUUUGGUAGAAAACCAGUAUUUCAGGGAAAUUUAUGAGCAGUUUUCUGACGGUAUGAGUUCUACAAUACGAGCAUGCAAUCGUACGGAAGCUCAACAUAGAAGGAAGGAAUUUUGCCCAAAAGCUGUCUUGUUCAAACCCCCACCUUCAUAUUGCGGUGGAUGGGGUUUAACCAUUCGCGAUUUUUCUGCGAUUGUUGGCGGACGUUCUGUUUUUAUGUCUGAUGAAGUUUUCAAUCACUUACACUGCCAAAGUCCCGGUGACCUUGUCGAUGGAGAGUUAAGGAAGGCCUCACAUAGCAUUGACCGAGUCAGAAUCAGCUUUACUCAUGAGACAAAAGAUAUACCAGCGAGGGAUGACAAAUCAAAUAGCUCUAGCGAUUCAACGAGGGCUCUUGCUUUUGCUUUCGAUGAUAUUGGGCUGGAGGACAGCUCCUCAACCUUGGCUGAAGAAAGGAAUCUCCCCUGGAUAUUAACCUGCAAUUUCGAGAACAUGGUAUCGAAACUUUUCUCUGAAACUAAAACCAGAAGGCAGCAGUUAAUACCCAAAAAAAUAUUGAGUUUAUCAAGUUCUGUGGUGAAAAUAUACCCCGAAUUGGGCGAAGAUGGAAAUUGCGAAAAUGGACAAAUAAUGAUCAGCGUGAGUAUGGAUAAAGUGGAAAUGAUGCUUUCACUGAUGACCAUUUUUCUUGUUUUGUCUGUGGUGCACACUUUCAAAGAAACUUUCAAACGAGAUGUCAAUUCUCAUGCAACUAAAUCAAAGGCUAAGGAGCACCUUCUUCAUUUCUCUCGUGCAAAACAGAGAUCCAUGCUUGGAUUGCUCAUGAAACCCGGGACUAUUGCAUUCUGUAAGUUUCAAGCGGAAGUUGAUUACUUCAAAUCGGUACUUGCGCUGCCUAAUGGUAUCAAGACAAGAGUGGAACUGUUUUCAUCAGUAAUGUCAUGUCCGAAUUUGCACAAUAUUUAUUUCAAUGGCCAUUAUUUCCGGCUUUGCGUGGAGUCUCCGCAAGUUUCCAGAUCGUGGGUUCGAAUGGCGACUGUUACUGAUUUCAAAUGUUCAGCAGAUAUUGCAUCAAUGGUGAAGCAGAUGCGCGAAGAUUUUAUUGAGGGUAUGCCCAAUGAACCUUCCGUAAUUUUGCAAAACGAGAUGUGGCAUUUCAAUAUACCACACCAGUUCGAAAUGUACCAAUUGGUUGAUAACUUGCCCACCGUCUUCAAAAGUUUGAAGCAGAUGAUCUACUCGUUGAAAACCUCGAGUAAUAAUUCUGUAAUAAAUCCACACGUAGUAAGCCCUGCCAGGCUACCAAACGUUAAGUUAACCUCAAAACGCUGGAUCUUCAGUGUGGAGGAUGAUCACUUUGAGUCACAGGUCGCGAUGAUCUAUCAAGUGGGCCUUUUGGAGCAGAAAGCAAGAGUAGAGAAAUACGAGCUUUUCGAGAAAGAACUCCUAAGGAAGCUAUCAAGGAAAAGAAAGGGGGUUAAAAGAUCUGAAACCUUUCAAGCAACUCGAGAAAUUAAAACUUGUCUGCAGGAUAUUUUAAGGCGUGGCAAGGGCUUUAAGUCGAGGAGCUUUUCUGAUUUGCCACGUACACAAUCUAGCACCAAUUUUGAUACCUUCAAAGAGGACGGAAACGAUGAACGACUUUUCUCGGACAUGGAGAAUGUGACAGAGGAGUUUCAAACUUUGCAAGAACAUAUGUCGAAAUCGUGGAUCAAACGGAUACAAGACAUCAAACAAAAACAGCAAAUUGAAUUCAUGCACAACUUUGAAUACUUGUGGGGAAGAGUUAAUAUUAAUUAUCAUGAAGUGGAUAAACACGUUGUUGAAUUUCUAUCUUCUCCUCCUCUAAUGAAUUUAAUAAUUGAGGGGAUUGACGUUAAACUGAGUCAGCCGUCUUGUGGCAUUAAAGGAAUUCCAGAAUUUGUCAACGAUGUCGGUAAGGGUGUCCCUAAGGAUACAAAAUAUUCUAUCAUGAUCCCAAUACACGUUGAUGCGCGGUUUGAUGAAAUUCGGUGCCACCUUCGUGACUUUCCCCUUCCAUUCAUAAACAUACCGAAGUUAGCAAAGCAUCAAAAAGAGCAAAAUCAGAAAUCAAUCCACUUCCAUGGAGAUAUGAUGCUAGCCGAAGACAUGCUUCGAUCUAACAAAGAACUUCGGACACUCUUCGUGCCUCUAGUGCCUUCCGCGACGAUGGAGAAUAAUGACACAUUCUAUUCCUUGUUCGUACCGCGAACAAUAGUUCCGAUUAAAAUCUUUACGGAGUUAGACCUUGAGUUAAAUUCAACAGAAACAACGACAGCUGUUUGGGGCGGUUCAUACUCUCCCGCUCUUCAACAAGUCAUGCAAUGCUUCGAAAACUUCUCGAAGCCACCUAUAGACCCAUCUUUGAAGCUCGGCUUUUGGGAUAAAAUAAGGGAAAUCUUCCAUGCGAGGAUCAAAUUUAGAUGGAACAACGGAGGUCAGCUUAAUGUAGCGUUGAAAGGCUCCAAAAAUCCCUACAGCAUUGGUGGCGAAGGAGCAGGAUUUGUGGUUGGCUUGCGAGGGAAUGUCGCUGUUGGGUGCAACGUGACAGAAGAUCCAAGGAGAUUGGUGUCGUUUUCCUCAAAUGAAGUCUUUUUCGCAGUUCCUAAUUUUUUUGCAAAACCGCUUCCAGUGUGGGCCAGAAGUAGCUCGGAAAGUAUCUUUGUUCCAAUCUGCGAAUAUUCCAAUUUGCAGGAAUACGCAUUCUAUUACAACCUAAUUGAAAUGCCUGACUACAGUAAACGACAGCUCGAUGAUGAUAAGAAAACCAUGAGCGACAACUUCUUUGAAAAGAGGGCCAUCACUCUAAGUGGAGGCAUCACGUUGAAUGUUGGUAUGGUCUUUGAUAGGAAGAAAUCAGACGGUUCAGGUAAAACAUCAGAAACACGCCCACACUGGGACGUUCGAAUGUGCAAUCCACUUUACCUAGAAAACAUAGAAACGCAUGAUUCUUUCCGUGGAUUUAGAAGUGACUUCAUCCAUAUGUCGUUUACGCUACUUUCGAACAGCAACAAUGCGUACAACACUGUACAGCUUUCACCUGGUGCUUUUAGAAUAUUUUUUCGUUGGUGGAAGAGUUUUUCUGGAGUAUUACCUGUUCGUCGUGGACCUCUAUUUGGCGCUGGCAAUAUGAGUCCUAAAUUUGGAGUUCACCUCUAUACGAUAUCGUAUCAUGCAGAGGUGGCACCAUUGUUCAUAAGUCAUAUUGUGUCUCCUCUGGAUUCUGAUCACAAGGUGCACUCAGAGAAAAAGGAUUCCCAUCAUUUCAUAGGACUCAAGGCUAAAACUGAUCAUUUUGUCAUGGACCUCCAUCAACGAAGAGAGGUGUUCCAUGAACAUAAGCCUGAGCUCAACACGACCAAAAGGCUUUCGAGACUCAAGUUUGAAGAAGGCGACAUUUCUACCUUCGAAAUUGAUAUAAGGACUGUCAAGGCUCGGUUUGAUCGCGAAACAUUUCUGGAGAAUCGUACAAGCUCCAUUGAAAUAUUCGACAAUGACAUGUCAUGGUACGACAUCGGAGAUUUCUGUGAAGUAUACUUUGAUCGCUUGGAUAAGCAUACGCCCUUUGUCGAAGUGUUACCACUUUUGUACUCCCCCAAAUUUGUUUAUCGUAAGAAAGCAAGUUAUGGAGAUAAGUAUCAGGUUGAGCUUGAAACCUGCAAGCCAAUAGAACCGUUUCGUAACGCCAACUACCAUGAGUGCUCGUUGCGACCCAGCGUUAGGUUACCGGUGUAUCUCGUCGAGGACAGAUUAAAAGCCUUGAGAAAUCAAGGGGAUAGGUUAAGGGAAAGGAUUGAAAAAGGCUCUUCUAGCGAGGCCCUCGUUCUUCUAAGACAGAAGUUGGCUAAAACAGAACAGGCUCAAGUGAAAGUUUCCAAACUGGUUGACGACUUCAAUCAUCUGGAAAAGGGAGCAGCGGCCGAGGGCGAUGAAGAUGGGUUUGAUAAGGUCGCCUAUGAUGAAAACCUGAAUUACGACUCCAUCAGUUGGAUUGCCAAAAAGUCUUCGUAUUCGAAAGAUUUUGAGAACCGAUUUUUCAUUUUCUCCAUGUUAUUAAAAUGGAACGAAAACGUUCGGGACGUGGUUUACAAAUACAUUCAUCUAAUUGGAAUGAAUCGGGAGUUUUCCUUCAUCACCAAUCACAAAGCCCUACAGAAAUUGGAGGAUAUUAUUGGAGGUAAAAAUACUGGCGAAGCCCAAUUGGAUUCUGUCAAAGAAGACAUAUCUGAACCCAAAGUCCCGGGUGUCGAGGCAAGACCAUACGAUAGCAUGGAUGCGAAGGAAGAUACCUUAGAUGUUUUCGAAAAGGGUCUCAGAGAGCUUGAAGUGAGUUUCAAAUUCAAAACGCAUGAAAACCAUAUCGUGAAUUUCAUUGCACCACAGAUUCAGCUGACUACUUCGCAAAAACCUGACACUUGUAUCUUAUUAACAGCUCCCAGUAUUAAACUCAAAACUUUAGGUUUCGAUUCGAAUAUGAGCGAAAACGAAAGCAAAACGGACGUUUUUCUUAAUAGGUACGGGGUUGCUCUCCUCAGAGCUAAUGUGUUCGUUUUCCAUAAGGACAACUUUGAUGACUUUCAUGAUAUAUUUUUCAAAAGUCAUGGGUACGGAGAGUCCGGAAAAGACAACUGGCAGCCUUGGCUUGGCAUUGAACUUUGUUUUGAUUCUACUCCACUUACGCCGAAUACCCUUAUUCGCGAUUUUUCUGGCAUUUUCAAAUAUGACAAAGUCUUCCCGUUCGCUAACGUGGGUGGAUCAAAAGAUUUUGAUCUUCAAAACAAAAUGAUUUUCCAAUUACCGAAGUUAAUCAUCAGCUCGAACUCACGGCAAUAUUUGGCUUUGUACAAUAUGAUUAUGGACUUACUUGUCUACACGGAGCCUAGAAGUGCGCAUUUGAAGAAGGAAGUAGAGAAGUUAAUGUUGAGCUACGAUUCAACGAAUCUCGUUCACCUAGCAGACAUUGUGCGGGAACUUCAAAAGACCUCUAUAUCAAUUAAUUGGAUCGAGAAAGAAUUAGCCUUCAAGAGACAGAUUUUAGACGAUGCCGGAAUGGACGAUCUCAAGAGCAUAAGGAGAAACAAAUUCGAAUCUUUGACAAAUCUUUACAUUCUUAUGAAAGUUUUGAAUGCAGGUAGUAAAGAACAAGCAGCUGAGGGCCAGCACUUACUUUGGAAUAUUGAAGCAAAAGAAAUAAUUUUGCAUAUGUUACAUGAUGAUGGAAGCCCAUUUUUAGAUGUUGCUCUGGCAAAAUCUUACUUUCAGAGGGCUGAAUCAACGUAUGGGUCUAACAAUAACAAGCUUGUCAUUGGUGUAGCGCAGAUUUUCAAUCUAGAAAGAAGAGUGUUAUUUAAUGACCUGAUGGGUCCAAUGUUGACACGACCACAUUCAGCAAUGAACGUCGACAAGAAACCUCUGAUCCAUGUCGUGUGGGAUAUAGAAAAACCAAUUGGAGGCAUUAAGGUAAUCAAGGAGAUUGAAACCCAUAUUCAGGCGCUAGAUGUCAACAUAGAGCAAGAAACCGUGGCUAAAAUCAUCCAAUGGGCUUUCCCAACAGAGGUUGAGACCCUUCUGCAUAAUAAUCACUCGUCUCAAUCUUCGGAUGCUGACAGUGACUCAGAAUCGGAUACAGACGAGGAGAUUGUGUCAGUGGGUGGCGAUGAAACCAAUGGCUCUGCGCGGGCUUCCAUCAGCAAGACCUAUAACGGUGGCAAUAAAGGAUUUGCUGAAAGGUCCGAAAGGUCCUAUGGCGUCGACGAAAUGGUCAAACGUUCUUCAGACUAUAUGGUGAUAAACAACUUGCUGAUCAACAGCUUCAAAUUACGCAUUAGCUAUCGGGGACACGGGGCCCAAAGAUUAAUUAAUGUGACACAUUUUGCCUUUGUAUUUCCCCGUUUGGAAUUUAAAAAUGAAACUAUUACCACCAUGGAACUAACUUUGCAUCUCAAGAAAGUUAUACUUAAGUCUCUUGUUAAACAUGUGGGGAAAUUCCUUGGGAACAAGCUCAGAGCACAUAAAAUCGAAGCUAACAGAUCAGAUUCUUCUUUGAAUCAGCUAUCUCAAUAUCAGUCCUAUACCACAAUCGAUGAUUUGAAAAAUGAAAAACACCAAUCCCCAUGA